UGCAAAUGUAAUUUAGCUCAGCUUUAUUAGUGUUAUCCCUUGGAGAGUGGAGGAGCCAGGAAACCACAGCUGUCCAAUCGUGAUCAGGUGGUCGUCAGACUACCAUAUGUAUGUGCUGUAAAGGGUUUCCUCCGCUCCCUCCUCUCUUUCUUCAUCUUUAUUUCCUCACUUUCUUUCUUUCUUUCUUCAUCCUUUGUCAAUUUUUCGGUGAACUCGUGUCCUACGGCCAUCCGCACGUUCUCUUCCUCCAUUUCGGUUGGAGUUUUCAAGCUACGAUUUUUAGCCCCAUCCGCGCGGAUGCCACUCACAAUAGCCGCAUCCCCAAGGAGUGUUGCACAAAAAGGAGAUACCGCAGGACCAUCAAUUUCAGCACGAUGGAGGAGGACUGGCCAAUUGAAAGCAAUGAUCAUUGUAUUGACUAUACUGUUACAUUAUUGAGAAUUGAUCUGCAUUGUACAUACUUGUUCGGGAGUUUCGAAUUAUAAAUAGUGAUUUAAUAA